CUAUGGGCCAGUUUCCAGGCGUCUGUCACCACGCCACCGCCUCCAAAGGUUGAGGAACCGCCAAAGAAGCUCGUGAAGAUCGAGAAACGAUACCUUUUCGCAGGGAAGAAUAUAGUAGAAGUGGUUGAAGUCCCCGAGGACUCGGAAGAAGCGAAGAAGUGGCCACGGUGGGAUCCAUCAGAGUUGUUGUCUGCUGCUGCACCAACCCCUGAUUCUUCGUCUUCAACCACCGAUGUGAACGCGUCGGCAUCGAGUUCAGCAGCUCCCAUACAACCUACAGCACAGAAAUCUGCCACAAGGAAACCUCUAGGUCCUCGUAAGCCCCGCACGUCGCUAGCGGACAUACCGAGUCAGAAGGCCAAGAAGAUUACUACUCUGGAUAAAUCUGCAAUGGACUGGCGCACACAUGUCACGUCGAGUGAAAUUAAGGACGAACUUGAUGCUAACCGACGCGGAGGUGGUUACUUGGAAAAGAUGAACUUUUUGAAAAGAGUCGAGGACAGGAGAGAGGAUGCGUAUGAAGCGAGCAAGUCGAACAAAAGGCGAAGAACUUAA